AUGGCGAUCUGUACUUAUAACGCACGUACGCUUGCAUCGGAAGCGGCCAUCGAAGAUCUGAUGAUGCAAGCCAAGAAGAUCAAGUACGACGUCAUCGGACUGACCGAGACGAGACGACGUCACCCUCUCAACGCCGUAUAUGAAACUGGAGAAGAACUGUUCUUAGGAACAUGCGACAGUAGAGGUGUUGGUGGAGUUGGCGUCCUCGUCAACACGAGUAUGGCAAAGAACAUCGACUCUUUUGAACAACUUACGACCCGAAUCGGACGUCUGCGGAUGAGAAGAUGUGGCCCAAUACCAGCUUUGACUAUCUUCGUCGUUUACGCUCCAACAUCAAGCUACGAAGAAGAAGAAGUCGAAGCUUUCUAUAUGGACCUGGAGAAGUUCUACCAAGAAGAUCAUGCCUUCUACAAGGUCAUAGUUGGCGAUUUCAACGCUAAGGUUGGCCCAAGAAGAACGCCGGAGGAACUUCACAUCGGGACCCACGGCCUACAAUGGAAUGACCAGGGAGAGAGGCUCUCCGAGUUCAUCAUGACGACUAAGACCAUCCAUGAGAACUCGCAAUUCCAGAAGCCCUCUUUUCUACGCUGGACGUGGGAGUCACCCGGUGGAGGGUACCGUAAUGAAGUAGACCACAUCAUCGUCAAUAAAAGGUUCUGCCUGACGGACGUCGGUGUUGUACCAAAGUUCUAUACGGGAUCGGACCAUCGCCUCCUCCGAGGAAGAUUUUCCUUCACAAGGAGAGCAGAGAAAGCCGCCAAGUUCAGAGAGAGAAAUCCCAGGACUACCAUCAACUGGGAUCUCUUCGCUACGCUAGCCGGCUUUUGGGAAGAUUCUGCAAUGGACAACAUCGACGAGGAAUAUGACCGGCUUGUCGAACACCUUCACGACUGCGCGAAGAAGGCUGAGAGUUUUAAAACCACCAAGAGGCGUCUGUCUCUUGAAACUCUUGAGCUGAUACGCCAGCGUGGAGCAGCACGAGCCGCAGGGAACCAAGAACUCACGUCCGAGCUCGCAAGGCUUUGCCGAGAGGCGAUAAAGGAAGAUCUUAAAGAGAGAAGAGCAGAAGUGCUGGCUGAAGCUGCAGAGGCGGGGAAAAGCAUCCGCUAUGCCCGUCGAGACUUCGUCAGUCGCAAGACGAGGAUGACUGCUCUCCGGAACCCAAAAGGAACAGCCAUUACAUCGAGAAGGGGGAUGGAGAAAAUCAUCUACGACUUCUACUCUGAUCUCUUCGACAGCCAUGUCCACUUGCCUCCUCACCAUCUGAGGGAAGAUGGACAAGUCAUUCCAGAGGUUCUCCCGUCCGAAAUACGACAUGCUAUCAUGUCGGUAAGAAAUCGUACGGCACCCGGUCCCGACAGAAUAAGACCAGAACACCUGAAGAGCCUUCCGCCAGUACUCAUCAACACCCUGGCGAGGCUCUUUACACGUUAUCUGUCGGAAUGCAAGGUUCCUAAACAGUGGAAGACCAGCAAGACCGUGUUGUUGUAUAAAAAGGGAGAUCCACAUGACAUCGGCAACUAUCGCCCAAUCUGCCUACUGUCCGUCAUCUACAAGCUCUUUACAAGAGUAAUUCUCAAUAGGAUUGAAAAAGUCUUGGAUGAAGGACAGCCAUGCGAGCAAGCAGGGUUUCGAAAAGGAUUCAGCACGAUUGACCACAUUCACACUGUUUCGAAACUCAUCGAGGUAUCACGAGAGUACAAGAUGCCGCUCUGUCUCACCUUCAUCGACUUAAAGAAGGCUUUCGACUCGGUUGAGACGGAAGCGGUCGUGGAAGCCUUGGACAACCAAGGCGUCCCUACUCAAUAUAUAAAGGUACUUCAAGAGUUGUACAGUAACUUCACGACCGGAAUUUCGCCAUUCUACAAGAACAUCAUCAUUGACGUGAAGAGGGGGGUCCGACAGGGUGAUACAAUUUCACCCAAAAUAUUCACAGCCACCCUGGAGAACGCAAUGCGAAAGUUGGAAUGGGACGACAUGGGAGUGAAGGUUGAUGGUCGGCAGCUACACCAUUUGCGCUUUGCUGAUGACAUCGUACUGAUAACACCUAGCAUCAGCCAAGCGGAACGAAUGCUGACCGAAUUCGACGAAACAUGUGGAUGCAUCGGUCUUCAGCUGAAUCUACAAAAGACGAUGUUCAUGCGGAACGGAUGGGUCUCGGAUGCCCCAUUCACGCUCAACGGAACGAACAUAUCCGAAUGCACCAGCUACGUUUAUCUGGGUCGGGAACUGAACAUGAUGAACGACCUGACCCCCGAGCUGGGCAGGAGGAGACGAGCGGCUUGGGGAGCGUACAAGAGCAUCGAGGAUGUAGUGAAGAAGACCAGGAACACCCGGCUCCGUGCUCACCUCUUCAACACCACCGUACUUCCUGCUUUGACCUAUGCUUCGGAAACCUGGGCAUUUCGCAAGCAGGAAGAAAACGCGGUGAGCGUCAUUGAACGCGCCAUUGAGAGAGUGAUGCUAGGAGUAUCCCGUUUCACGCAAGUGAGGGACGGGAUUCGAAGUUCUCUCCUACGUCAGCGAUCGAAGAUUAGAGACGCCGCCGCGUUUGCCAAGGAAAGUAAAAUAAGGUGGGCCGGACACGUGAUGCGCUUUAAUGACAACCGUUGGACCAGAGCCGUGAGCGACUGGGUUCCCCGCGAUAUUAAGCGCACUACAGGAAGACCGCCGACAAGAUGGUCAGAUUUCUUCACGAAGUCCUUGAAAGAAAAAUAUGAUGCUCUUCGUGUCCCACGCGAAAGGAGGAACCACUGGGCUACUCUGGCACGCGAUCGGGACAAAUGGAAGAAUUACUGGCGCCCGCUCGACCAGUUCGAAGAUCAACGGGAGUCAAGGUGA